AUGUCGUCCUCUAGUCAAGCGCCCGAGAGCUGGAUCUCGGCGUUCUGCUCGCUGGUCGGCCACGAGUAUUUCGCCGAGGUGUCGGAAGACUUUAUCGAGGAUGAUUUCAACCUGACGGGCCUACAAAGCCAAGUGCCCAUGUACAAAGAGGCGCUGGAGAUGAUACUGGAUGUGGAGCCCGAAGACGCGAGCGAGGAGGAGGAAGAGGAAGAAGAGGAAGACGACGACGAUGAAGAUGAGAUGCAGGAUGGCGAUGCAUUGGCAAGGGGAGGAUACAGAAGGGCUGCAGAUGCUGCGGCCGCGGCUGCCGAGAGGAGACACCUGCGAAUGGCAAGCGAUCUGAGCGUCAUCGAGAGUUCGGCAGAGAUGCUGUACGGCCUGAUACACCAGAGGUUCAUUACCAGCCGGCCAGGGAUACAGCAGAUGGCGGAGAAGUAUGAGCUGGGCCACUUCGGACAUUGCCCGCGAGUGUUUUGCCAUGGCGCAAAAGUUCUGCCAGUGGGCUGCUCAGACAUACCGGGACAAGAGACCGUCAAGUUGUUCUGCCCUAGCUGUCUGGACGUGUACAGCCCGCCCAAUAGCCGUUUUCAGACCGUCGAUGGGGCUUUCUUUGGAACAACCUUUGGAUGCCUCUUCUUCAUGACGUUCCCCGAGCUCGACGUUGGGGGCCAAAGGCCGCCUCAACCGCAGGCCGAUACUUCGAUGUCCGCGUCAUCACCACUAUCCGGCAGUACUGCAGUUGGACAAAGUGCCAGCCUGGACAAAGCCUCAAGAGGCUCGCUCUCAUCCUCAUUAACAUCACAACAACCAAACCUACCACCGCCACCCUUGGACCGACAAGUAUUGAAACAGCCUGAUCAGAUCAACGGCGUGGCCUCGAAGAACCUCGCGCCUGGUCUAGGGCCCGGCAACAUCUACGAGCCGCGCAUAUACGGCUUCCGGGUGAGCGAGAUCGCCAAGACUGGCCCAAGGAUGAAGUGGCUACGAAGUCGACCGACAGACAUCAAUGACCUUGACGAAUGCAGGAUAUGGGCCGAGAAUCAGGAGGCGAUAAUGCACAAUGCGGCCACAGCCGCAGCAGAGGCCGAGAUGGCUGACUCAGAGAUGGCCGACGACAACGACCAAAUCCCAGAGGGGGAAUUGGAGGACCAAGACAUGGAGACUUCUUCAGCGGUGAGGUCUAAUGGGCAGCAUGCGGAAGUGGCACAGAGGAAGAAGCCUAAUGGGCGAAGACAUCCUCAGGCGGAACCAGCGGCGAUGGUCAAUGGAGAUACAUCAAGAAGUACAGUGAGGGUGGGCGAUGGGGGAUGA